AUGGUGUCUCAAGCUCAAGGUCAAGGGCCUCCCAAUCCACAUGGUGGAUCCCGGCCAAUUUCACCAUCAUUGUUGAGAUCAAAUUCCAGUUUGUUGGGAGGUCAAAGGGGCGGUAUUUCUUCGCACAAUGCGUCCCCCCCUCUGGUAUCUCUGCAGAACCAAUUUAACAUGAAGAUGAUUGGGACUGGGUGGGGUGGUUAUGCUGAUGGUAGUGUAAGAAUAUGGGAUAGUGAGAAAGGAACAUGUGAAACCACUUUGAAUGGACAUAAAGGCACUCUAACAGUCAUCCGAUACUCAUUAUAA